CAUUAUCGGCACGAGAGGCCAAUAGUUUCGUAAUAACACGGUUAUCAGUCGCGUCUCUCGAUUUGUUUAUCUAGUGAUGCUGACGUUACUUUAACAGAUUUACUUCAGUGAUCAAUAGUUCAGUACGGUUACAGUAGCUGGUCAGACAAGUACACUAUAACGCUAUACAUUUAUAAAUGGCCUUUACAAAGCAAUUAUUUCUCAGCAAGCGCAUUGUCACUGAUUCAGACAUCUUCGAUGGCGGAAUUUUGGUCGACGAAAAUGGGAAAAUCGAGAAAUUGCUCAAGAGAAAGGAAAGUGAUUGUUUUAUUGCUGAAAAUAAGGGAAAAAUUAAGGUCAUAGAUGGUGGUGACCUAGCAUUACUGGCUGGUGUGGUGGAUUCUCAUGUACAUGUAAAUGAACCUGGACGUACGGCAUGGGAAGGGUUUAGAACCGCCACUCACGCAGCAGCAGCUGGUGGAAUAACCACCAUCGUCGAUAUGCCACUGAACUCUAUACCUCCAACAACUACAGUGGAAAACUUAAGAACUAAAGCCGCUGCCGCUAAAAACAAUGUUUAUGUUGACGUUGGUUUUUGGGGAGGUGUUAUACCGGGAAACCAGGACUCUUUAAAAGACCUAAUAAAGGCAGGAGUAGUAGGAUUCAAAUGUUUUCUCUGUCCAAGUGGUGUCGAUGAGUUUCCUAACGUUGAACCUGGAGAUUUGGAAAAGGCAUUUAAAGCUUUGGAAGGAACUGAAUCAGUUCUAGCGUUUCACGCGGAAUUGGAAGAAGACAGGCUGAAAAACAAGCCUAAAAUGAAAAAGAAAGAUCCCAAUGAUUAUCAUACUUAUUUAGAGACACGACCUUCGAAAAUGGAAUUAGAUGCUAUUUCGCUCAUCUCGAGUUUCCUCAACAAAACAGAUGUUCGAGUCCACAUUGUUCACGUAUCAUCAUCAGACGUUAUACCCCUGCUUGAGAAAGCUCGUAAAAACCGCAUAGCUGCAGGGAACAGCGCCUGGCGCGGUGGGGUCACAGCCGAAACCUGCUAUCAUUACCUUACACUGAGCGCGGACGAAAUACCGUCUGGCCACAGCGAGUAUAAGUGUGCUCCUCCUAUAAGAGACAAGGAUAAUAAAGAAUCUCUGUGGAAGUAUCUGCUGGACGAUAAAAUCGAUUUGGUCGUGUCUGACCAUUCACCGUGUACUUCCGAUCUCAAGUGCAGCAAUUACUUGGAAGCUUGGGGAGGAAUUUCAUCAGUGCAGUUUGGGCUGUCAUUAUUCUGGACGGAAGCAAACGCUCGUGGUCUGAACCUAAACGUCGUAUCAAAAUACCUCAGUUCCGGUCCGGCUCUACUAGCCGGCCUCCAAGAUCGUAAGGGUGCUUUAAAACCUGGCCUAGAUGCGGACUUGGUUUUUCUGGACUCUGAAGCUCAAUUCAAGGUUUCUACCGAUAUAAUUCGCUAUAAAAACAAGUUAUCGCCUUAUUUGAACAAGAACCUAAAAGGAGUAGUGAAACAAACCUACCUUCGCGGUCAACUAAUCUUCGAAAAUGGAAAUAUCAUAGGAGAACCAAAAGGAAAUCUGUUGCUAAAAAAUUUUUAAAUUUAUUUAUUAGAUUAGAUUAGAUUAGAUUCAUGUUUAUUUGCCAAAAUACAGUAAAUAUACAGGUCUUAAAUUAAAUUGGUACAAUGUAUUAUAAU